AUGAAGACCGACGUAAAAGUGGCGUAUCAGGGAAUGCCCGGUGCUUACUCGGAGAAGGCGACGCGUCAGUUGAUAGGAUCAUCACCUAAUAUCGUGGCCGUGGGCUACGCUUCCUUUGACGAAGCGUUCCUAGCCGUGCAACGCGAAGAAGCGAACUUUGGUGUGCUCCCGAUCGAAAACUCUCUAGGCGGCAGCAUCCACGUUAAUUACGAUCUCCUGCUCAAGUUUGGGCUGUAUAUUGUGGGCGAAUACGAUCUGCGUGUAGAACAUUCGCUACUGGCGCUGCCGGGCGUAAACAAGAGCGACAUCAAGACGGUUAUCAGCCACCCGCAGGCGCUAGCCCAAUGUGCGCACACUAUCGCAUCCAUGGGGGCCAAACCCCAAGCAGAGUACGAUACAGCAGGAAGUGCCAAGAUGCUGGCGGAAAACCAGUGGAAGGACACGGCUGCGGUGGCUAGUGACUUGGCUGCAGAGUACUACGGACUGCAGGUGUUGCAGCGCAAUGUGGAAGAUGAUGCGGGCAACUUUACUCGCUUUUUGCUGCUGAGCAAGAAGGAGGACUUGGGUCUUGAUGCAAACGUGGAUACAGAGUUUAAAACGUCCCUUGUGUUCUCCUUUGUGGACAGCAACGAGAAGGGCCAACUCUACAAGGCACUGUCGGCAUUUUCGCUGCGAGACAUUGACAUGUCCAAGAUUGAAAGUCGACCAUGGGGACAUACAGCUGAGCAGCAGUAUCAAGACACGAUGGAGUCAUCUUCUGAGGACUUUUCACUCUCGGCUGAAAAUGUCCGUAGGAAGUACAGCUAUCUGUUCUACGUCGACCUCAUUGGACGCCAGACGGAUGAGAACGUCAUUAAUGCACUGCGUCACUUACGCGAGUUCUGCAAGUUUGUGCGUGUGUUGGGGUCCUACCCAACCAAGGGGAAGCUGCUGGGCGAGGUGCGUAAGAUGUUAGAAGCGGUUGGCGCGUACCAGGCCAACCCGAUAACUGCGUCACCGGCGAUUUUGCCACAAGAGCAUAAAUCAGUGCGCUUGAACAUUGGUAUCUACGGCUUUGGUAACUUUGGACAGUUCUUGGCUAAGACGAUGACCAAGUCACACGAGAUUCGGGCUACCUCGCGUACAGACUACUCUACUGUGGCUGUGCAGAUUGGAUGCAAGUACUACGAUUCAUCGACGCAGCUGGAGCAGUUCUUCGAUGGAUUGGAUGUUCUCGUGCUCUGUGUCAGCAUUUUGUCGUUUGAGAAUGUGCUUAGCAAGAUCCCGAAGCACCUGCUGGAAAAACUCGUGAUUGUGGAUGUAUUAUCCGUAAAAACGCACCCGAAACAGAUCCUGCUCAAGGACCUGCCUCAUAGCGCAAGCAUUUUGUGUACGCACCCAAUGUUUGGCCCUGAAAGUGGCAAGUACUCGUGGAGAGGUCUGCGUAUGAUGUACGAAAAAGUACGGAUUGUUUCUGGUGAGCACAACCACGUAAUGGAUAACUUCCUGCAAAUUUUCGAGACGGAAAUGUGUCGCAUGCUGGAGAUGACGUGCGAGUCCCACGACGAGUAUGCUGCCAGCAGCCAAUUUCUGACUCACUUGACUGGCCGAAUUCUCAGCGUGCAGGGCGUGAAAAACACGCCAAUCGACACUCGUGGGUUCAAGAACCUCGUGCGGCUGGUGGAGGACACAUGCAAGGACAGCUUCAAUCUCUUCCAGGGUCUUUACAAGUUCAACCCUAACUCUGAGCAGCAAAUUGACAAGUUCCGCGAGUCUCUCGCCGAAGUCACGCAAAGACUUGGUACCAUCCAGACCACUGAGUCUAUGGCUCGUGAAGACGCCCCAAUGACGGAGAAGUAUCCGCAAAACCCGCUGCUGGGCAAGAUCGCUGCGUCGAAGACGGUGGUAAUCCACGGCAUGGCAAAGCAGCUGGAGGCGGAGGGCAAGCAGGUGUGGUCGCUAUGUGUGGGCGAGCCCGACUUCUCCCCUGCUCAGCGCGUGCUAAAGGCUGGUAUGACGGCUUUGGAUCAGGGCAACGUGAAGUACACCGACGUGAAGGGCACGGCGGAGCUGCGCUCUUUGAUCGCGCAGUACCUGGAGACGUGCAAGGGCGUGAAGUACGACCCGCUGACCGAGAUUCUUGUGUCAAACGGCGCGAAGCAAACCGUGUACCAGGCUCUGCUGACAAUCACCAAGCCUGGCGAGCAAGUGCUGAUCCCGGCGCCGUACUGGGUAAGCUACCCGGAGAUGGUGAAGCUGACGGGUGGCGAGCCUGUGAUCUUGCAGACAAAGCUGUCGGAGAGUUACCUGAUCGAUCCGGUGGAGCUAGAGAAAGCGCUGGAAGCCAACCCCCGAGUGAAGUCGCUGAUGCUGUGCAAUCCGAGCAACCCUGCUGGCACGGUCCACUCACCGGCUCAACUGGAGAGCAUCGCUGCGGUUCUGCGGAAGCCUCACUUCCGUCAUAUCCUGGUUAUUGCUGAUGAAAUUUAUGAGCAGUUGGUGUACCAGGAUGAGGGCGAGGCCAAACGCGAGCACCAGAGCUUCGCGACACUGCCGGGCAUGUACGAACGCACGCUGACAGUCAAUGGCUUUUCGAAGUCCCACGCGAUGCCAGGUCUACGCAUUGGCUACUUAGCGGCACCAAAGUACUUUGUGCAGGUAUGCACGAAGCUGCAGGGCCAGUUGACGUCCUGCGCGAACUCAGUCGGCCAGGCUGCUGCCGCGGAGGCUAUGAGGCUUGAGAUGGAGUGUGUCUCCCAGAACAAGGAGCGCAUGACGGAGACGCUGGCAAUCAUGGAUGAGAAGCGCAAGUACAUUGUGAAGCGCCUGCAGGCGAUCCCGCAGCUGGCCUUCGCGUACCCGACGUCGGCAUUCUACGUCUUCAUGGACCUGUCUUCGUACUUCGAAGGCAAGCAGGGCACGACGACCGACAAGAGUGAGGUGGUGAAGGACGCUGACGACUUUUGCGAGUACCUGUUACGCCACUUCCACGUGGCUCUGGUGCCCGGUUCGGCAUUCGGGGUGAAGAAUGGUCUUCGUAUCUCGUACGCCUCAUCGAUGGAGACGAUCAAGCAUGCAAUGGAUGGCUUGGAGCAGUCAUUGGGCGCGCUGACGUUUGCUUAG